AGCGUGACAUAACCUUACAGCAGCGGGGCACUGCACUCGCGUCGCUCUCGGAGGUGUGCGAUCGUGAUCGUGGUGUGUGCGAUCGGAAUUCGAUCUCGCGGCGAGAACGUCGACGGACGGACGGACACGACGUUUCUCUCGCGCGCAUUCUCUCAACACGUCAGUCGACACCCCGUCACAGGCUCGCUCGCUCGUUCGCGCGCGCGUUGUUUAUCAUCAUAUCGUUAUUAUGGCCGAGCGCGGAGCGACGCGCCGCUGCGUAUCGUUGCACGUCGGUCCGGCCGCGCAGUCCACCUUCUAGUUCUCUUCCCUCCCCGCCGAGAAUAUCUCGUGGCUCGAGCGAAAAAAAAGAGUUCCUCAUCCGCCGCGUACCGAACGUACUCGCGAUUUCGCGAGGGAGUGUCGUCGCCGUGCUCGGGAUAUAUUUAUUUCGCGGUGCGCAAUUUCCUCGCGAGUUGGAGUGAGAGAGAGAGAGAGAGAGAGAGAAGAAGAGAGAGACAGACAGAGACAGAGGGAAGGAGACAGAGAGAGAGAACGUACGUGUCGAGGAUCGCGCGAGCGUCGAAAGUAACGAGUCAUCUACCGAUCCAAGAUGGCAGAAGGCCAGCAGGAGGGUGGUCCGAGGAAGAUCACCAUCAACGUGAAAACGCCGAAGGAGAAGCAGAGUGUGGAGAUUGAGGAGAACGCGACGAUAAAGGACUUCAAGGAAGCGGUCUCGAAGAAGUUCAACGCGCAAGCCGAUCAGUUAUGCCUCAUCUUCGCCGGCAUCAUGAAGGACCACGAGACACUCAGCACGCACAACAUCAAGGACGGCCUGGCGGUGCACCUGGUGAUCAAGGCGCCUCGUGCAUCUUCUACGCCGAACCAGGAGUCGAAUCAGGCUCCGCGACCACAGGCUGAUGUCAACGCGAGUCCGUUUGGCUUGGGAAGUUUAGGCGGACUGAUGGGAUUGGAAUCCCUGGGUCUCGGAUCGGCGAAUUUCAUAGACCUACAGCAACGCAUGCAACGAGAAUUGUUGUCAAAUCCGGAAACGAUGCGCCAAGUCCUAGAUAAUCCCUUGGUUCAGAGUUUGAUGAAUGAUCCAGAGAACAUGCGCAAUCUGGUCACUGCUAAUCCCCAAAUGCAAGAGCUGAUGCAACGUAAUCCAGAAAUCAGUCAUAUGCUUAACAAUCCUGAACUUUUGCGGCAAACGAUGGAAUUGGCGCGCAACCCGUCGAUGCUCCAGGAACUGAUGCGCUCGCACGACCGAGCUCUGUCCAACCUGGAGAGUAUACCGGGCGGUUACAGCGCGUUACGUCGCAUGUACCGGGAUAUCCAGGAGCCUAUGCUCGCGGCGGCGACGAACGGCCGUAAUCCCUUCGCCGCUCUGGUGGAGAACAGCAAUUCCGCGAACCAGGAGAAUCCGCAGCAGGGCCAGGAGAAUCGGGACCCGCUACCGAAUCCCUGGGGUCCCGGACAGAAUGAAAACGGCACGGGAGGACAGCCGCAGGGCCAAAGCAGGGGUCUGCUGGACUCGCCCGAAAUGCGCAGCCUCACCUCCCAGAUGAUGGAGAACUCACAGCUGAUGCGGAACAUGCUAAACGCUCCGUACACGAGGUCCAUGCUCGAGGCGAUGGCGGCGGACCCGUCGAUGGCCAACCGGGUGAUCGCAACGAAUCCCUUCCUCCGCGGGAAUCCGCAGAUGCAGGAACAGGUGCGCGCCAUGAUGCCCGCCUUCAUCCAGCAGAUGCAAAAUCCGCAGAUACAAAACGUGGUGACCAAUCCGGACGCCCUGGCCGCUAUCAUGCAGAUUCAGCAGGGUAUGGAGCAGUUGCGCACUGUCGCUCCCGAACUUGUCGAAAACAUGGGCCUCACGGUACCUCCUGCGACCACAACACCGAACACAGGUGGCACGAACCCCAGUGUACCGACCAACCAAUCAUCGGACACCAAUCAGCAGGACGCGUUUUCCCAAUUUAUGGCACGUAUGGUUUCUGCGAUGGCAUUAAACCAAGGUGUAGAAGUUGACGGUCAACCUGUACCUCCACCAGAGGAACGUUACAGAGCACAGCUAGAGCAACUUACGGCUAUGGGUUUUCUUAAUAGAGAUGCAAAUUUACAAGCGUUAAUUGCCACAUUGGGAGACAUAAAUGCCGCCGUUGAGAGACUACUCAAUAAUGGACAAUUAUCCAUGAGCUAACCACCAAUCUGCAAUACUGUUAUUCCAAUAUUACCUUUAAUUUCGUCCUUAUUUACCUCUUACGACAAACGUGAGAGAUACAUAAGGUAACUGGCUGUCGAAAAUUAUAAACUUAUAUCCCCUCUGCCCCUUCCUCCCUCCUCCUCUUUUCCAUUUUCUCAAUCCUAAACGGAAUACACGCUACUCACUCGUUCAAUUUUUGCAGUUUUUUCUUAUUUAGAUUCAGAUUUGUCUGUGUUUUAGACGGAUAGAAGAAAAAAAAUGUAACGAUGAUGGCUAUUUACUAUAUUGUCAUUUCACACACACACACACAAACACACAAUUAGUUGUUCACUUUUCUGAAUCUUCGUUCUUGGUCUAUGUAUCCUCUUCGAUGUGCUCUAGGUAUAGUCGAUUUCUUAUAUUCUAAGAUUAUAUAUACAUAUAAAUCAAGAUUGAGAUGAGAAAUCCUCUAUUCUAGAAUCACAAUACCUAAUUCUAAAUAAUACGUGUACAAUAUGAAAAUAUCAUAUGCGUAUUCUUCUUCAUUUCCUCCUCUUUGUUUUCACUCCUUCUGGGGAAACUUUCUCGCAAGAGAACGCAGAUAAAACACAAUUGGCUAUUAAAUUGGAGGAUCGCUAAACAUUCUAUGUGUUAGAAUUUUUAUCAAAUAUAAUUUUAAUGCUUAAAUAUAUUUGAUAACCAAUUGUGUGGCAUAUUGCGUCUCUUGCUGGAAAGAAGAGUUUAGUUAAACAGCUAUAAGAUAAAGGAAGGUCUCUGGAAUAGAGGAUCUUGGAAUAGAGAGAAAAUUGGCUGCGCCUUUGUUGAUGUCAUUUUUCCCAUGUACAAAUUUUUUUAGAACAUUAUCUUGAUACGAGUAGAAUUAUGUAAUAUCGGUCAUGAUAAUUCACACCCACGACUGCAUUCAUUAAUUGCAUAUAAACUUGAAUGACUAAUUAGAAACAUUUGAAUACACACCGAAACACCCCUCUGCAUGGAAAAAAAAUAUUAUUAGAUUACCGCCUAUUUAAACGGACUCGCUUUCUCGGCUUUUAUCGAUCGAUCGAGAGUGUAUUCCUUUUUUUUGCUUUCAGAUAUCCUGAAAUAUAUUAUUGUAAUCUUGUAGCGAAGACAUGUUAUUUGUACGUUCCAAAUAAACAAAAAAAAAAGAAAAAA